AAGGUAUUACUGGAAGCAAGGAGCUAUAUUCUCUUUCUGAUUUAGAGUUAAGGCCAGUUAACCUAAUUUGAGAAACUCUAAGGCCGUGAAAAAUGACCACUAAAAACGAAAUCUGUUCUGUUUCACAGGUAACUUGGGUCAAGCAGAAUUGGUCGGGCGUGAAGCUCUGAAGAUUAUCCCCAAUGAUCCCACCCUCAUGUUUUCAUUAGCCAAUGUUUUGGGCAAAUUACAAAAAUACAAGGAGUCUGAGGGAUUCUUUCUUCACGCUCUUCGAAUCAAUCCCAAUGCUGCCAGUUUCCAUGGAAAUUUAGCCGUGCUCUACCAUCGUUGGGGAAAACUGGACCUGGCAAAGAAACAUUAUGAACUGUCUCUCGAUCUGGACGCCGAGGCUCCAGGAACAAGAGACAACUACAACAUGCUGCUGCGUAAACUGGAUCAUAUCAAACGCAGUACACCAUGAAGGAAUCUGAACAGACAUAUUAGGAUAAUUUGUUCAUUUAAAUCCAUUUGAUAGUUGGUGCUGCAAUUUCACCACACACUUCUGACUUUGUACUUUUUAGAAAUAAAAUUUUACAUCUAUGCACAAGGCUUUCACUCUUUUCAUUUGUGUUUGAUUUAAUUACUAUGUGCCCCUGUGAUCUUUUGUUUGCUAUUCUUUUGCUGUUUGAAGCCCAAUUCUUUCGGAAUUUUAACCACGGAAACAGACAUGGCUAAUUUAAGGCAAUUUAGUGUAUUUUUAGUGUCAUUUUUGAGAAACUUUUAUUUUCGGAGAUUUGUUCAGGAUCUUAUUGGUAUAGUA